UGCCUUCCAUUUCCGAUGUUAUAAAAGGUCAUACACACGGCGGAGACGCUCAACGCUGCAUGCAGGAAAGGGGAGUGUCAGGAGCCGGUUUGGGGUAGCCGCACACCGCGAUGUUCAAGAUCGAAGGACUCGGGCCCAAAAUGGACCCAGAGGAGAUGAAGAAAAAGAUGCGAGAAGAUGUGAUUACAUCUGUGCGCAACUUUCUCAUAUAUGUCGCUCUUCUUAGAGUCACACCAUACGUUCUCAAGAAGUUGGACAGCAUAUAAGACGAUAUGAUCUCCACUUCCAUACCCAAUUUCUGCUCAGAAUGAGUACGGGGGGUUUCAGCGUCAGACACUGGAAGCAGCUAAUACCAACCAAGGCGUCGAUGGAGUAGAAUUCAUAUUCAAGGACUUCUAUCAAGAAGAGUGCUAUUGUCUUUCCCUGUGUGUCUAUGUAAACGAUGUAGGC